AAUUCAUCAAUAAUCUCUUAUGAAUGCAUCCUUUGCACGUGCCUAAGCUGGCACACAAGUACUUCACCCAGGGAAUAUGGGUUAGCAGAAAAACGCUCAACAAACUGCUAUAGGAUUCCCUUAAUUUCUCCUCCACGUGAAAAUCAAAUACAAACUCUAGCCCUACAGCAAUACGAAUACUAUUGUUAAUACUAAUACUAAUCCCAUAGGCUGAUAAGGGGAUAAAUGUAUGACGAUGGGAUCACAGGCGUAGAGUUAACCAAGACUAGUUGGAUCAACUCCUCAAGUGGGCAACAUCAUUCCCAAGGUGCGAUAAAGGGGCAAAAUGAGGGAAAGAAGUGCUGUGCGUGGAGAGCGCAAAGACGUUGGCCAGUCCCUAAACAAGGCGAUAUUAGGUGGGUCAUCAGAGCUACGGGGUUGGCUGUACAAGAGGGUCCAUUUCUUCAGAGGUUAUAGGAAGCACUGGUUUGUGCUGGUCAAUGGCACGUUAUCUUACUAUCGCAAACAGACAGAGGAAUCACGCAAGUGUCGGGGAUCAUUGUUCUUACGAGGGUCCACCAUAUCCACCUCCCAAAAUGAAGUCAACUUCUUGGUGUCCAAUAAGCACAGAACUUUUGAUUUGCGAGCAGACUCAUAUAAUGCACGAUGCCGUUGGAUCAAGGCCAUAGAGUUGGCCAAGACCAGCUUGCAUUUGAGCCAUAAGGGAUCAACCUCAUUUCCCAGUGACACAAAUCUUGAGGAUAAUGUCAAAGGCAAGGGCGAAGUUGAUUCCCAAGAACUUCCAGUGUCAAUCAAGAAAUCUUGGGCCGACACAACCGCUGCGGCUGGGUUGGCCGCUAGCCACAACCUAGCCUUGAGCACGAGCACCCGGUCGGCCACGUCCAAUUCGGGCACAGACGACGAGUUUGAAGAUGCCAUGGAGAACCCCAGCCUGUAUGACGUGCUCACCAAGAUUCCUGUACCCGUGAACUUUUCAGAGCCCUUGUCCAUGAUUCAGCGUCUCACAGAAGACUUUGAAUAUAGUGCCAUAUUGGAUCGAGCUGCUACCGCAUCGGACUCAUGCGAACAGUCGUAA